AGCUCAGUGUUAACAGAUCGUGCGGGAAUAUGGUCAAGUCCUGUAUGUAUAAAGGUGAGGCUGGCGCAAUCACUAUUUGGUCGUUGCCCGGCGAGCUCCCUCAGUCUCUCUACUGCAAUAUUCCAACAUGAAGACGUUCGCAGUAUUGUCUGCCAUUUUGGCAGCGGCAUUCGCUGCACCAACCAUACCACCGAUCUCUGCAUCACUGGAGAUUCGCACCCUCGGACUACUCACAAAGCUGAUAGCUCCUAAGUGUCCAGCAAACGCAGCUCAACCCGACGGGCACCUCCCCAAGGGCAGUAUCUCCACAUCGGCUCUCGUCCCCAUCAGCUCCAAGAACCCCAAUACCGCCUACCCAAACAGCGAAUGGGCGAAAGUAACACCCGGUGAUUUCUGCACAAUUUUCAACCUCGUCCUCGAAUCCGACGCCACGCAAGGCAAAAUCUGCAACCUUGUAUUUGACUUGCCGGGCUAUCUGCAAGCACCUGGCGACUUCGUCUUUCUUGGCAGCGGAAAGUUCACUUUCACGGGGUACGACAUCAAUGCUGGUGCAGUGCCGGGCGAAACAACGUAUGCGAAGCAACCACGUCCGGGACCGAGUCCACCAAAUCCUCCACCGGUCAUGAAGCCGGGCAAUAGUUAUAUCGUUAACUCGGCGCCGUGCGGUAUUCCACCGGGUAUUGGGCCAGUGACUGUCAGCGGGAGCUUGUGUUCGAAGGACACGACCUUUUUGUUCAAGCAGAGUCAGAAGGCUUGUCCGGUCGGGUUCUAUGUUGUGCUCACGGAUGAUAGUGGGGCGAGUGCUCCUCACUGAGGGAGCGUGUGGAAGUGUUGAGUUCUGUACAUCUUUCUUUGACGAUUCCAAUGUAAUUUUUAUAAUGUCACUUCUUCUCAGAACUUCAGGCCCGCUAAAUCAUCCAGUCCAAGGACAUCGUCCAGACAGCGUAGCGUCCAAAAGUGCCUUACAUUUUUAGAUGUUAUUGACAUAUUCGCCGAACUCAUCUUGUGCAGCCCAGAUAACCUUUAUG